AUGGAUCCGCUAGAGGAUACGAUAGCUGCGUCAAAAGAUGGCGCCAACUCCCAGGGCGUGUAUAUCUAUCGUCCUACAGAUUCGUCCAAAGCGCACGGAGAACGGCCCGCGAAACGACGUAAGGUAUUAUCGUCAGAGCAGGAACCGGAGCGGAAUGCGCGCAUCUUCGCCCCGCUGCUGAACGGAGACGAAAAGCCGGAAUCGAUCGACUUGAGAUAUAAAGCAUUCCAGCAGUUAUGGGGGGCUCAGGAAGCCAAGAUCCAGGUCAGCACGCACAACCCCUACUUGCCGUAA